AUGCGUGACUCAAAAGAACGAUUGUAUGCUCAAGACUACCAGGUCUGUGUUCAUGUCCCAACAAACCGUCCGCAUCAGCGACUAUGCGUGGCGAAAGAACCGGCGGUACCAUACUUGACGCCACCGACCCCAAUCGUUCUAAGCUCACCCAAUGCCAUCCUCGCCAAGCAGGUCGGCCUUCGCUUUGAAGACUUUUACCUCAAACAUUCCUGGUUUGCCUACGUACCACGGUAUGUCGGCUAUAGCGCCACCAUCGAUGCCUCCGCACGAGCGGCAGUGUCGGCUUUGGAGUCCUAUUUCCACCGCACUGCGACCUCAGCCCGCCAGGCCACAAGAAGUAGAGGUGAAGCCCUCACGGUCCUCCGUACCAACCUCGACAGCUCAGAUGCUUCUCUUAUGAGCGUCGGGCUCCUCAUUUUCGCCGGCGGCGUAGUGGCCAACUUUGACAUAGUACAGCAAGCACCCCACUUAGAUGGGCUUCGAGCAAUCGUAGCCGCCAGGACUCCGGACACGAGAUUGAGUGAUUUUGGGCGAUACCUAAUCUGGCAGUCGGUUGACAAGGAUUUCUUGCUUGCUUGUGGGGUUGGGAAAGCAUCGGGUUGGGACAGACAGAGUUGGGACGGGCUGAACUUCUCAACACCGAGUGCAACGACGGAAGUGGCUACUAUUCAGGGCUUGAUGACUAGGUUGGCUAUCAAAGUGCCUCGUGCUAUAGCCGCUGUGCGGGCAGUACGUGGAGAGACUACUGCGAGAUAUCGGUCGGCAAACUCUAUCAACGCACGCCAGCUGGUUGAUCAGCUUCUCGGGCUCGUUGACUCAGACGCUGAGAACACAUUACUUCAUCGCGUCAAGAUCACUUCGACACCUGCAUCGCAGACGAAGCGAGCGAUAAUGCCAACGACAUACUCUUUCGAGACCCUCGAUCAAUUCGUUGCCGCCAUCCAUUACUGGUACCUGCGGCUGAUCGCUAUCAAGCUCCAAUUGACUCUCUAUACCAUAGAGCCGGGUGUUUUAUCAGAUCCUUCGCUGCCGACAUCAAAAACCAACACCAGGGCCGAGCAUCUUACAUCCUUGCAAGCAGAGCAAACCCGAUUGACAGCCAAUAUCAUUAUGUCUUGGCAAACAAAACACAGCAACGUCAUCGACCCCAAAUGUCGACAAAUCGCUCUACUCGUCAUCUGGAACGCUCUAGCAGAUAUGAGUAUUUUCCGCUCUAUGCCAUCGAGCUUGGUAAGAUCGUGGGUGCUUCAAGCUUAUCAGGAUCUUCAUGCCGGUGCCGAGAUCAGUGCACAGAACAUGGGUGAUACCGCUGGGCUUUUCGCUGGAGGCCCAAGGAUCGGUAUGCUGGCACUCGAAGCAGCGGCUACGACUGCUAGCACGAUAUCGGAUGAGCAGGAGAGGAUCAUCGAGACUGGAUCUCUGCAGACUGUAGUCCUGCGGUAG